AUGGCUUAUACAGAAAAGGUUUCCCUUAAUGGCACCGCUCUUUCAUUUUUGUUGUACGAGUGUGUUAAUUCUGUGAAUAGUCAGGAAGGUUUUUUGCUCGGAAACAUCACUUCUGAAAUAACUAAUCACAUAUCAGAUUUGCAAAAUGACAGUGCUAGACUGGACACUCAGAUAUUCAUUAGAACAGUACUGCCGUUGCCAACGGUUGCCUUGUUUUAUUUUCCAGUAGGAAAAAUAAAGGAAGAUGUUUUAUCAGAAGUGCUUUCCAAUACAGCAAGUGAAGUUGUUGGGUGGAUGCAUAUUACAAGUUACUUGAAGAGAAGAUGGAACAAUCUAUCUGAUAGUGAAAAUUUAGUACAAUUAACUGAAAAUGAGGUCAAGGACAGAAGUCCUAGUCCAGUUUUAACACCAUUCUCUUCAUCUACACAGCCAACAUUAAAUUAUGCAGCUGCUCUUAAAAAAGGCUCUGAUGUGGCGUCAACCAGUAAAACCAGCAAUGUUUAUGAGGACUUAAUUAAUUUUGAUGUAGAAGACCAGCAUGUUAUAAAACCCACAUUCAUGAAUGACAAUGCAAAACAUUUAGAUGAUAGUUCCCCUGAAUAU